AGUCCUUACAAAUAUAAUGGGAAGAUUAGCUAAUAUUGGACUGAAGAUGUACUAGUACUAGGUGGAUUAGAUAAAUUAUAUUAUAUUUAUCUUUUAUUUUUAUAUCUUAUUUUCGGUAUAUUGUCUGUUAAUCAGUUAUAUAAGUGAUAUUAUUUUAAAGAAGCAAUGUAGGCCAAUUAAUAUUUAGUUUCUUUUGCUGUAUCACACUACAGUAUCACUCUUUCUCACUACUCAUGACUCUUACUCUAAAUCCUUAAUAUUUCUGGACUUAAACUAAAGAAACAUAUGCCUAUGCCGAGGUCUAAUAUUUUAAUUUGAGUAAUUUGAAUUUGACGAAAAUCGGGAUAAACAUUGAGUUGAAGAGCAAAAAUUAUUCAUGUGCGUGUGUUGACUUGAUACAAUGAUUUAUUAUUUAUUUAAGUUUAAGUGAAGUUCAACUGCGUAUAAAUAAUUUAUAAUAAUAUUAUUUCUUAAUGAAUUUUGUAUUUUGGCCUGUAAACUUUCAUGUAUUCUUUAAUUUUAAUAAGUUAAUUCAAGGUGGCUGUAAUAGUUAACUAAUAACUAACACUAAAUUACUAAAUUUGUAAAGUUUAAAGCGAAAGCGAUAACUUUUUGUUUGAUUUCUAAAGCAUCUUUGAACAGCCCCAAAUGAUACUGAUACAUAGCCCAUAAAUGAUCUCUCCAAUUAUUUAUUAUUUGUUCAGGGGUCACCAAGCCCAGACCCUGUUUGUCUUACAGUUACAGGUGAAUGUGUGUGGUAUGGAGUAUGGCAAAAAGUCACAGGAAUAAACCAAAUUAAUUCAAAACUAAGAAAGGGAUGUGGAUCUAUCACUAUUCCAAGAAACUUUACAGUUACAGUCUGUUUACUUGCUAUACCACUGCAUGUUUGCCCUAUGCCAUGGUAUUACUAAUUACCACAGCAGCGCACAACAUCCUCACAGUCAGUGGAGGUCGCUGAAGUAAAAUUAAGUGUAGAUUGAUGCAAAACUAAAUUGAGGUAUACCCCAAAAUGAAUCCUCCUAUUUUGAAUUUAUAAAAAUUUUUCAAUGAGCCCCCAAUGAUCGCUUCCCACACUUAGAUUUAGCUCAGGAGCUUUGGGAAACUGUGUUCUUUCCCACCCCCUACCACCAACACAGAACAAAGUGACUUACUGGCACUUUUCUAUAAGCAGAAAAACUGGAUAUAACUCAAAGCCUUGGGAUCAAAGAUAAAGUGGUGCUAUUUGCAGGUUCAGCUAGUGUUAAAAAACUAUCACAUUCCUGGGCGAGUUAAAACAUAUGCCAGAGACAGUGCUAUUUCAAGUUUCUUUAUUCCAGGUUGCCCUUGCCAAAAGCACUAUAUGUUUUUUUAGAGUGGGGGUUAAAACUCAAAGUCUGCCCGGGGUUGCACAAUGUCUUGCUAUGCCACUGACAUGAUUAACAAGAAAUGCACUGUCUCAAUUAACAUAUUAAAUAUGCAUUUCCAAGUAAAUUUUUCCUACUUUCAGGAUUUACUAGACCCUUGCCAUGGAAAAUUCUUCACCUUGUUCUGCGGGUGAUCAUGUUAUAAAUAAAGAUACGCUUUGUAAAGAAAAUAACAAGAUUGGUAAUUUGUCAUCAGAAAGUAUCAUCAAUUCAGAGUCUGAUGCAGUAAUUAUUGAAGAUAUUGUCAAUGUUUCUGGCAAGGAUACUCAAAUUGUGUUGACCACAAAUGGAGUAAAACUGAUCAGUCCCAAAGACAGAAUAAAUAAAAAGAAAGAAGGAAAAAUAGGUAGGAAAAUUACAAAGUGCAUAGCUCAGUUUUAUCAGUCUCUUCAUAACUUGUAUUUUUAAAAAUUAAAUUAAAAAAUAAUAAUCAACUUCAUUCAAAAGAAUUCAUAACUAUAAUACCGCCUUUGGUCAAAACUGUGAUGGUAAGCAUUUCUUAAGGCUAGCUUUUUUAUUUUAAAAAAUUAUUGUGGGGUGUGUGUGUGUGUUUAAUGAAUGAAAGAAAAUACUCUUUCCCUUAACCUUACGGCAGUCUCGGAAUAUUUAUGCACUACUGAGAGUCAUUUGGUCAAUGUGAAAUGUCUGGUGUCGAAUCAAUGCACUGCUGUUGAGAGAAAAUUUCUGCAUAGAUUUUCUUUAUAACUUCCAGAACUCUAGUUCCCAUUUCACUGGUCAACAACGAUUUUGCUAUUGAAAGUAAAACAUAUGGGUGUAUGUAUUUUAACAUGCUGAUACCAAAUACAAACCCUAGCAUGUCUAUUUAUGCAGAUUGUUUUGUCAGUUAUGCAUGCAUUGAAGAAAUUUAUGUAAUAUUGUUGACACGCGCCCUAGGCAUAUUUCACGAUUGGUAGAGUGCAAAGUGCCUGCAGCUUAUGCCUUUACUAAAUUUGGGAUGAACCUACUUUUAACAGUUUUGGCAAAAUAAUUUAAAGAACUAUAUAAUUUUAAAGACCAAAUUAUGCAAACAUCAAAUACCUAUUUGAUUUUUAAAAAAACAGGAAGUGUCGAUUGUAUUGCCCAAUCGCAUUGCCACAAUAACAAAUUGAGCCCUCAAAAGCCAAAGUUUUCCUAGGAUUCAACUUGCCUCACCCAGUCACUUUGUAAUAUAUAUACCAAUUAUAAACUGGAAAAUGAUAUCUAUUUCUGUACUGAUGGGAACGGUUUCAUGAUGAAGUUAGGUUGCAUAUACAUUCCUGAUAAGUGGAGACUGUGCAUAUACCCCAGCAAGGUGUGCUUGAAAGAUGUGUUGUUACACAAUGGUAAAAAAAAAAUGUAUAGUCCUAUAACUCACGCUGUAGGCUUCACUCAGAGUGCCAUAUGACUCAAUGAAAAAGAAACUCAUUUUGAAAGUGAUCAAAAGCUCAGAACACAACUGAAACGUCUGUGCUGACCUGAAAGUGGUAGCAUUUCAUUUAGGAUUUCUUCUGGGGUACACAAAACAUUUUUACUUUUUUGCUUAUGGAACAGUCCUGAUGACAGCAACCAUUAAAAGUGAAACAGUGGCCUCCUAGAUCUGACCACAUUGUUGGUCACUACAAUGCUCAACAUGUAUUAUUAGUUGAUCCAGAGAAAGUUUAUUUACCAACACUUCACAUUAAACUGGGCCUAGUUAAAAAUUGUGUAGUAGCAAUGGAUCGUAAUGAAAAAGAUUUUCAGAAUGUGAAAGAGAAAUUUCGAGCAAUUAAAACAGAUGGUUAGCUUUAUUGGGCAAGAAGUCUGCAAAUUGAUAUGUGAUACUUUAUUUAGAACGAAGCUGAAACCACUUGAACAUGCCGCUUGAACCCACUUGAACAUGUACAACAGGGGUGCAAAACUUUCUUGGGAAUCACUGUGCUCAGAACUAUGUUAAUAGCCUACAAGCAGCUCGGCUCCUGAUGUUCCUAAAAUGUAUUUUUUACCUUCUUAUCUGGAUUUUGUACCACCAAACUUGGUUGAUGAAAGCGAUUAGCAUGGAGUGAGAGAUUUCAUCAAGACAUAUUUACCUUGAAAACAAGGUAUCAAGGCCACUGCAAUUUUACAUGAGGGCUCAUUACUGCUUGUUAAUCAGCAAGUAACAGCGACAAAUCAUAAGAGCAAGUACCUAAAGAACCCUUGGAACUGGUAUUAUAGAGUUAAGCUGAAGAUGAAAUUUAUUCUUUUUUUUUUAUCUGAGUAACAUACAUAUAUUUAUAUUAGAUUUAGAAACUUUAUCAUUAGAUUCUUUUUUCUUAAAUUUUAUUGCAUUGUUUAAUAGAAUUUUGCUUGUUUUUAUCAUGACUUUCUAUGGACUUUUUUUUUUAAGUUAAAAAAUCAAACUAUAAAAUUUCAUAUUGGAAAUAAGAUACAUUUUAAUUUCAAAUUAUUAAAGUUAAUAACAUUUUUAAUGUUAUGACUACUCUGAGAGUCAUGCCACACAGUUAUUUAAAGCAAAUACUAGCUCUGUAAUUUGUUUGCAUAAUAAAAAAUUUAAUUUUAACCUGAAGCUGCAUAACUUAAAAUCCAAACAUGCUGCACAAAAUCUGAUCUCAUGAUUUGGAAUCGGCACACUCGAUUUAGUAUAAGCCACAUGGCAGAAUUAUUAUGUCAUUAUGUGUUCAAUCCUUUGGUCAUCAAAAAUUGACAGUCACUCAAAAGCCACCCUUUGGUAUCAACCGUCCUAACAAAAUUUAAUGGACUUGUGUUUUUCCUUUUUUUCUUUGUUUCUUCUUUGAUAUCUUAAGGCACGACGAUCAAUGUAAUGAUCGUUCUGGCUCCUAUUUAAGUAGAGGAGAUUCGGCAUGUUUCUGUGCCUGGUAUUGAAGAGGAUAUUUCACUGGUUUUCUCCCCUUGAUUCUAUAAUUGUAAUUAUUUAUUGGUUAAGAAUCAUUUAGGGACUUGUGCUUUUUCACUUCUUUCUUGGUUUUCUCCCCUUGAUUCUAUAAUUUUUUUCUCUAUUUCUAUUGUAUCUUAUGUCACUGCUUAUGUGAUUUAGAUCACAUAAAUUUUAAAAAAAAUGGAUUCUUUGUCGUGGGGUCGCUAAUAUGCAUCGGCCUACUGUGCCUUUAAAGUAAAUCUCGCAUUGGUAAAAAAAAUAAAGCUGUUUUUCAGGUCCAUUUCUAGAGUGGAGAGAUGUGAUUAGUGCAUCAAAAGAUCCCAAAAGUACAGAACAGUCUCACCAGUGGAUCCUGAAUUAUAUUCACCAUGGCUCUAAAUCAAUUGUACAUCACAGAUGUUUGAAAGUUCAUGAUAAAAAUGGCAACUCUGAUAAAUUGAUUACUGCUAUUCAAAAGCAAUGUUCCAAAGGUGAACUAAUAAACAAACAUAGUAUGCUUACAAUAUGGAACUAUAAGGCAAAAUAUAUAGGGCCCAUCUUUAAAAAAGCUUUCUAGAAAUAAUAACAUUUUUGUCAUUAAAUAAAUUGUUUUUAUAAAAAAAAAAGCAAAUGCUCCUUUAGUGUUGUUACUGAUAUGGCGAAUUUCUGUUUUGAACCAUGUCUUGUUUUUCCUUAAUGCUCUACACUACAACUACAACAUUAUUAUUUUUGUUUCUUCUCUAAAUCAGUUGUUGGCCGUCCAAAAAAAUUAUUCAUUUUGAUUAAUCCAAUUGGUGGUGCUUGUAAAGGGAGACAAAUUUAUCAGAAAGCUGCAGAGCCAUUAUUUAAACUUGCAUCAGUGGAAACCCAUGUUGUUGGUAUGGUAUUAUUAGUAUUGUUAUAAAUGUCUUUCAAAAUAUCUUACAAUUUUACCCUGGCCUAAAUUUAAUUUAAGGUUUACAUAAAAUCAGAAAAUGUUAUGUAAGAAAUAAUAAUUUUAUGAACUGACAUAGUUCUCAAUUCUAUUUUUAUCAGUGACGGAAAAAUCUAAACAUGCUUUGGAAAUUGGAGAAACUCAUGAUUUUUCUCAAUAUGAUGGGUAAACAUAUUUUAGUUUACACUUAGAGUACCGGUAAGAUCUAUAUUUAAUUAUUUUAUAUGCAGUCCUAGCAGGCAUUCUGUUCUUUGAAUUUUAUAAUAAAUAAUAUUAUAUUUGAGAAGAAAUUUAUUACUAAAGUUUUUUCCCUUUAAAUUUAAAUAUCUGAACUAUAGCGUUGUCAUAGUUGGUGGAGAUGGACUAUACCAGGAAUUUCUCCAAGGUCUCACAAUACAGACACAAAAGAAAUCUGGAAUCAAUUAUGAUGAUCCAAAUGCAGAACUCUCAAAACUCAACAUACCCAUUGGAAUAAUACCUGCUGGUACUAAAGUGUAAAAGUAAAACAUUUCUAACCUGUCAAUGGUUUGCUAACCCUUCCGUAGGAAGUGUUUUUAAAAUGUUUGUAUCACCCCAAUUUUUUUUAAUAUAAGUAACAAGAAAAAGCAAUUUGAUUAGGGGUUAUGGUGUUGGAAAUAUUUUUCUUAGAUAUACAAUUCCUAAGAAAUAUUAAUUUAAAAGAAAAGAAGGUAAAAACAAACUGAAGUCAGUAAAGAAAAUAAAAAUGACUGCUUCAUCAAGUAGUAAAAUAUUUGUAAAAGAUAUAAAGUAUAAAUGAAAUAUUUAUAAUAAGAUUAAAGAUGUCUAAAAUUCUUCCUACUUGAACAGGAACAGGGAAUGGUUUGACAUAUAUGAUCAAUGGCAUCCAACAUGCUGAAACAGCAGUACUUAAUAUCAUCAGAGGUUAAAUCUGUGUUCAAUUUUAAUUUAAGUACUUAUGCAUCCUGAAAUUGUUCACUAUUUUAAAAAUAAACCUUAUAAUUAAAGUGCACUUAAGUUUAAGGGCCAAUUGACUUAAUGAUGGUCAGUUAAUAGGAAAUUAAAUAUACAGGUAAUUGAAAGUUACUUCAAUAAUGUAGAAUUUUAUGAAAAAUAUUAUUUUGAAAAAAAAAAAAAAAUUGAUCAUUUGGCUUACAACUUACAGAAAAAAGGAAUAUUUAUUUUUAAAAAGUGCCAUAUUUGCUAGUGUUUAGGAUAAGGUCGUCAAAUGUGCUGGUACCGAAUCUAUCACUUUCCAUUUUCUAAAACUAUUGUCUGCGCCUCGUUGUAUGGAGACGCCCUCGUCCUCAUUCUAUUCAGCUGCUGUAAUCACACCACCCCCCCCAACCCCACCUUUUUUAACACACAUUUUAAGAAGAAAAAAAAUCUAACGUCCCAUAAGAUAAGAUGCAACCCCAUAUUUUAUGCAUAUUUUAAGGAGGAAAAGGAAAAGUCAGUUUUAUACGCUGGCAAACAUGGUAUAUUAAAUAUUAGAAUGGUAAGAUAAUUCUGUUCUUUUGUUCUGUAAACAUUAUUCUUACCUUUUUAAACUUUUCAGGUGAACAGCACAGAGGUCAGAUUUUCAUUGUGCACAGUGGCUCUAAAUUCUUGUGUGUUAGUGCAUUGGCAUUUGGCUAUGGGUUUUUCUCAGAUUAUGUGAAGAGAACCGAAGAGUUGAGAUGGAUGAAAAAAGCCAGAUAUGCAUGUAAACUAUUUACCAAUUAGUUAAAAAUUAAGAAUUGCAAAAGAUAGCUAUAAUGCCAUGCAUAAAUUUAGAGUCAAAGAAGGUUUUAAUCUCUUUAAAAAUUGUAGCAUUUAACCACUGUAAUAAGUUUCUGUGAAAAUAAAAAAAAAAACUAGCACUGAAAAAAUGCUACCGUACAAAUAAUGAGGAAAUAAAGAUGAUUUGAAUUAUCAUCGCUCACCCAGUUUACCUAAUUAAUUAUUGUCACCAGGUAAAAGAAAAUGACAGCAACGUUUGCCCAAGCAAAUAAGUUUGUGCAUUGACUGGAUAAUGUUGUUCUCUGGCUUUCUUUUAAUGCAUAAACUUGAUAUUAUUCAAAAACACAGUUUGUCUUGAAUGUAAGUUGUGAUUACUGUAACCAUAUAUUUUUUAUUAUUGUUAAUGAUAAUGUAAUAUAUAAUCGUUACAAUUACAGAUACUUUUAUUGGAAUGCUUUCUAAAAAGAAGAGGUUCUUUCAAGCUGAACUUCAGUAUCGCUUAAAAUUAAAGGCUAAUGACUCCAGGUACUUAUGUUUUCUGUUUUUUUAUUACAAGGCAAAAAAAAUCCCUUAAGCUAUAGGUUUAGAUUUUUUUUUGAAUUAGUCAAUUGUUUCAAUGCUGUUUGUUUUCAUUGCAGUGGUGGGAAUGAGCAAGGUGAACAGCAAAAAUCAGGUACAUUUGAGACUAAAGAAUAAAUUUAUAAAUUUAGUUGACGGAAUGAGAAUAAAUUAGUUAACAAGUUUAAAAUAUAUAUUGAUAUUAUGUAAAUGCAUCAAAAGAAUGGUAUCAAUUAAAAAAACCUCAAGACAUAGUUCUAUAUUCAUCAGAUUGGAUAAUUCACAAAAAUGAAACCAAGAACUACAACUGCAUUUAUAGUCUGCAAGGUGAGCUGGUAGAUGCUGGUGACCACAACAUAGUUGAUCCAUAUGGUAGCCAUGUAAUGCUUGGAGCUGGAACUGGAUGUGGACAUUUUGCACUUUUUAAAACUAUGAUGUAUACUGUUUUUGGAAAGAAAAUAAAUGUGAGUUACAAAUGUGUUCUGGACAUAACUGACUGAUCAUUACACACUUUAUUGAUUAACUGAUAACACCCUCAUCAUUUAAGUCUUCAUUCUAAAGUUGUUUGCAUUGUUCUGUGUGACUGUCAACUGUAAUACUCUCCUGAUAACUUUUAUAUAUAUAUAUAUAUAUAUAUAUAUAUAUAUAUAUAUANAUAUAUAUAUAUAUAUAUAUAUAUAUAUAUAUAUAUACAUUGAUUAUUUUCUGUUCAUUUUAUUUGCAGUCCACAUUGUCAAAUCUUGAUUUGAUAGGCUGUUAACUGUAAUACUUUCCUGAUAACUUAUAUCUAUAUAUAUAUUGAUCUUUUUCUGUUCAAUUUCUUUGCAGUCCUCGUCAAAUCUUGAUUUGAUAGACAGGGUCACAGACUUUAAGAUCAAGGUUCUGAGGGAUGAACAAGGUGGCAGUGAAAGGAUUUCUGGAGCAAGAGCUAGGGAAAUAGAGUUAGAGCAUCUGAUUGACAUAGAUGGUGAGGUUAUUCACCUUGAGUCAUUGGAUAUGACUGUCAGGUAAGACAGAUGUUAUUGUAUUUUUUUUAUAUUGUUUGUAACUUAACAAAGACAAUUUUCAACUUAAGCAACAGCCUUACUUGAGCUGUAUUUUGUUUAAAGUCAGCCUUACUCUUUCAUCCUUGGUCAAGACAACUGGAAAUAGAAUUUUUUUUGAGUCAAAUGUCAACCUGCCUACAGGACUCGAUCUCAGGUUUGAUUUCAGAGUUUGCCUUCUCACAGAUGAGUUGCCGUCCAAGGUUAACGAGUCCCAUCCACCCAGGGUACUGGUGAUGGUUAUGCUUUUGCUGGGGAUUACACCCUUAUCUCAAUAUAUCACCCCUAUGUCAUAUUCCACUGAUUUGACCAAUGAAAUUCUUAUCUUGUUGUUUAUGUAAAUUUAGGGGAUUAUCACGUUGACAUAUUGUAACUGUAUAAUUUAUAAAUAUAUUUAUAACUUUUUGUCCAAACAGAGUGCAACCAUCUCUUACUCUAAUUUAUGGUGUAAAAAAAAAACAAGUAACCCAUAAGUUCCAGCAUGACUGAAGAUGAGACUGUUAUAAUGAUGACAAUGACUCUAAAAAUAUCCAGCAAGCUGAAUUAGUUAUUUUAACAUUGAUACUUUGCUAAGACUUUGAUUGUAUUUGUAAUAUUAAUAGUUUGUAGAAGUGUAACUACUCAAGCUAUAGAUAUAAAAUCAUCUCAAUUAGGAAAUAGUUAUUUUAUUUUAUUAAAUUUCUUAUUGUUUGAAAUGCAUGAGAAUAAACCAGUGAUGCCUAUUCAUAACUCAUAGCCAUUAGAGCUGCAUGAAUUUUAAACAAAUAAAUUAAAAUUAUAUUACAUCAUGAUCAUUUGAAUGUAUUGAAUGUAUUUACCAGAAUUUUUGUUAACCUCUUUUAUUUAUACAAUGAAUCCUUGAAAAUGUGUCCAUUUCUGUUUCUAUUGUUUCUACACUUUAAAAUUUUUUUUUAAAAAUUUACCUUUGAAAUAAACAAACAUUGAUUUCAAUAUUUUUAUUCAUUGUAAGUUUGUAAGCAUAGCAAAUGUGCAAUUUUUCUUAUCAACAUCUACAUAUGUGAUGUUUUAAUUGUUAUCUAUAUUAAUGUUGUAAUAAAAACACAAUAUGGUUUUGCUUGUGUUCAUAGGUGUUUACCACCUAUUUUUGGUCACUACAAAAUAUUGAAUAUUAAUUUUGUAUUAUGUGUCACUUAAUAUUAUAAACAAAUUAUAUUUUAGGAUCUAUUGUGUUCAUGUCUUUCUUUUACAUAAAACAAAUAUUUUAUCUAAUAUUUUAUUGAUUUAUAUCUUUUUUUUUUUUAAAUUUUGCAUGCCUUCUAAACCAUAAAUACCAGCAUUUUACAAUUUAAAGUUUUAUGAAUGUUUAUUUUAGCUAAAAAGUUAUUUGACGAAAAUAAAAAAUAAAACUCAAUUUGUUUCCAAAACGUAUUAUUUUAUUAAACUUAAUGUAUAUAUAAUAUUUUUCACAUACAAGAGCUUUAUUGUAAAUUAACUUGGAAAAAUUAUUAUAAUAUAUGCUCAAAUUGAUGAUUGAAAAUUAUGAUUUGACUUGAAUAUAUUUUUUUAGACUAAAUUGAAGUUAAUGGAAAUCAAUUAUACAAACGUUCUGUUUUGAAUACAUGGUUCCUUCGAUUUGCUUUGAUUAGCUUUGAUUUUUGCUUUCUUUCUUAGAAUUUGUUUUUAGAAUAAACUUUUCCAACAGUGUCAUA